AUGGCGAACCCGAGGAAGUUUAGCGAAAAAAUAGCUUUACACAACCAAAAGCAGGCCGAGGAGACCGCAGCCUUUGAAGCUAUUUUGAAGGAAGUAAAUUGCGCGACGAAGCCACCCGUUUACCAGAAACAACAUUUACCUAUUGCUCAGAAUUUAGGGGCAUACCGAGGAGGAUCUUUGCCAAAUGUUAACCAGAUCGGAACGAACCAGGGGAUUGAUUUGCAGACUGCAUUGCAACAUUUGGAGGAUAUGAAAACUGGCAGACAGUUGCUGGGAGAAAGGUUCCAUCGUGACAGACAGCGACAGAAUCAAACACAUCGUCGUGGAGUUAAUGUUGGGGAUAAGAGAGUAUCCUUUUUAAUUGAUCUUACUCAAUCAGGUGUCUGGAUUAAUCAGUGGUUAAUUGGAUUAGAUUAG